AUGUUUAUUAAUACACCAAGAUCAAGAAACAGCUUCACUCCACAACAAUCAUCGUCUUAUAGCCUGCAUUCAUCUAGCUUUGGCCCUAUGGCGAUUAAUAAUCCAAGCAACGGUAUUUCUUUUACUGAUCCUUCAGCCAACUGGUUCGGGACCAGUAUGGAUUCAAAUGGGUCUUCUUUUGGUCAAUCUCCUGUAUUUGGUGGUAGAGACUUGUUGAUUACUCCUUCUAAUUCUACUGGGCAUCUUAUCGAUACGUUCACUGGAAACGAAGAUGACGAUUUAAGCCAAAGAAAUCACCAAGAAAUCUUUGAGAAGAGAAGAAGACGUCGUGAGUCUCAUAAUGCGGUUGAAAGAAGAAGAAGAGAUAACAUAAAUGAAAGAAUUCAAGAGUUAUCUACUUUAUUGCCCGAUCGUUUAUUGGAGUCGGUUCCUGCAAGCUCAAAUGUGAUGACUGUUACAACUGGACAAAAUGGGACCAAUGGCAAGCCUAUCAAUAAAGGUACUAUUCUUAAAUUGUCUGUGGACCAUAUCAAAGAAUUAAGAGAAGAAGUCACUAGCUGCAAGAGCAAGAUCCAAGAACUUGAGCGUCUUAUUGAACUUGCUAAAAAGAAUCCCAAUAAAGAAGAUUUGUACAAUCAACAACAGGUGAUGCACAACAUGAUAAAUUCCCAAUCUACUGGUAGAAGACAUGAGCGUAUUGGCUCAAUACAAUUCCAACAACAGUUUGGUAAACUUCAUAUCAAUGGAGAAGAACAACAGCAGCAAGCAUAG